AUGUCUCGAAAGUCGUCCUUACUAUACCUUUCUUUCCAUCUUUUAACUACUUUUACCUUUCUCCCAGGUCAGUGUUCAAAAGACAUAUUUGAGACAAAAGGACAGAUUCUGGGUGAGAUUGGCAAAAAGCGUAAUGCCGAAGACAGCAUACCUGUAAUUGAAAUACGAGGGGAAGGGCAGCCGAUGAGUGCUGCGCAAAUUAGACAGCUUGAAGAAGCAUCAAAUGGCGGCCCACUCGAUAUUAAGGCAAAAAAUUUCAUUUUUAGCUGUUUUUCAUGCAUAUAUUUUGGCCCUUAGGC